GCCGGAAAACUACGGGUCCACCAUUAUCACAUUCAUCGGACAGAAGCUGGAACCAACCUUUCCAAUGGCCAUGCUAAUGGAGGUGCUAACGGUAACAACGCAAGCACCAACAAUAGCAAUGGUGUCAGCGUAACCAAUGGCAAUAACGGAACCCCAGUUAACGGCCAUUCAACAGGUGGCAGUGGGGGAGGGGGCAAUGGUGAACCACAAUUUUACCUCUCAGAGAAACAUGCUUUCCCAACUAUUAGUGAGGUGAUUCAUUAUCAUAAACACAACUCUGGUGGAUUGGUCGUUCGAUUGCGCUCUCCGCCAGUCAAAGACCGAGAGAGUCCUGUUACUGCCGGGAUGGGCUUGGAUGAAUUCGAGUUGGAUCCUGGUGAACUGCAAAUUGAUCCGGAACCCAUCGGAAAGGGACAAUUUGGGGUUGUCAAGCGAGGCAAAUUCCGUAACAUUCCAGUGGCAGUUAAACAGAUGGUGGAAAACGCGAUGAAUGAGGAGGACUUUAUCGAGGAGGCAAAGAAUAUGAGGUUCCUAAAUCAUCCCAACUUGGUGCAGCUUUUCGGCGUAGUGUUGAAGAAGCGACCCAUCAUGAUAAUCACAGAGUAUAUGAAAUACGUUAGUGGGCCUGUAAUCUCCCAAUCGUCUAUCGCUCUCUUCAACGAAUGUCUUCUCUUGAAUUUCGAGUUGAAUCCAGUUGGUCCCUCGCUUCCUGUAAAUCCCCAACCCGAUGCAUAG